ACGACCUUCGGACGGAACUUGAACGUUUGAGUAACCAUCGUAUGCGCACCAUUACAGACGAUAUCAUGGAAGCUAUAACCGCAAACAAGUUGGCUUGUACGUUGAUGAGCAUCAAUGUACAAAGUUUGAAUGCACACUCGUCGGACAUUGCAACAGAUCGGGUGCUUACCGCCGUUGAUUUGCUUGCAAUGAGCGAAACUUGGCUUGACAACGGCACAACCACAAACAUCAAUGGAUACCUUUGUGUUUGUCAAGAGAAGCGUGACGGAACAAGAGCGGGAGGAGUGGCAAUAUUUGAACGUGCUGGUUCGUCGACUAUGGCCGUUUCUCACGCCAUUACGAAGCUCAAUGAAAGCUAUGACCCAGCAUUAAGUGUAGCAGACGAAUAUGGGGACUGCUGUGCUGCAGAGGUUUCGAUCAUGGAAACCCGCACGUUACUGUUUGCGGUAUAUAUUUCACCAGGUACCACCCUGAAGCAAAAGAAAUAUUUCUUAGUGCGCAACCUCAUAAAGUACACCCAUGUUGCCAUGCCCGUGGUAGUGUCGGGAGACUUUAAUAUUGAUGUGACGAAAGAGGAGAACAGAGAUUUCAUCUGGUUCAUGAAGCAGUUUCUCUAUCUGGAUUGUGCUUCGAAUCCAACUAUAGCGACUACUCUGGGUGGCACAUGUCUCGAUCUAACGUUCACCCGGAACGUAAGUGUGGAAUGCAGGAGAUACUGCACGUACUUCUCCUACCACCGGCCUAUUUUGUCGAUUCUUGCGGUGUCCCGAGGUAAAACUAAUGAUUUAGAAUUAAACAUAGUUCUCUUCAUCAGUUAUGUUAUUUUAUUCUAGAACCGAUGCCAUCCCAGUGAAGUGAAUUAACGUCACUGAUCGUCGUUGGUCCGCUAGUUCAUCUGCCAAAACGUUCGAUUUCAACCAGAAUGACCAAUCAUUGACAUCAGCCGGA